UUUUCCAGAAAUAAUUCGUCUCUUCGUCAUUUGUACACUCUCCCCCUCUCGCCGUCGAAGAUGAGCUCCCGUGGUAAGAAGAUCAAGCGGGCGGAACCCGACCCGGAUCCGAGCCUCGUCGGACCACCCAUCUCCGCCACUGAAGCAAUCGAGAGAUGGCCGUUCCGCUACAGAUAUUCAAAGUCGAUGAAACUGGGUGCGGUGGACAUUCCGACGCGCAGAGGUUUGGAGGGAGAGAAGGAUAUGAUGCAAGCUAAGCAUCACUAUUUACAAGCCAAGGUCGACGGAGUUCUGUUCAAUCUAGACGAUGAUGCUUAUGUCCAAGCUGAGGAUGGAAAGCCAGAUUAUAUAGCUAAGAUCCUUGAAUUUUUCGAAGGAUUAGAUGGGGAACCAUACUUCCGAGCUCAGUGGUUUUACAGACCUGAAGAUACUGUAAUCAAGAACCAUGCAUAUCUUGUGCAAGAAAAAAGAGUAUUUCUUUCUGAUGUGAAGGAUGACAAUCCCCUUAAUUGCAUUGUUUCCAAAGUAAAGAUCGUUAAAGUUCCACCAAAGCUUGCUUCAGAAACUGAGAGCGUCAUUCCACCGUGUGAUCUUUACUACGACAUGAAGUAUCAUUUGUCCCACUUGACAUUUUCAAGUGCAGAUAAUGAAAGCUCCAAUGUCGAGAGUGAUGCAUCAUCAACUGUUUCAAGUGAAACUGGUUCAAACUGCAUUGGUGAUUCCUACAAGGGUGGAAAAUUUUUACUGGAUUUAUAUUCUGGAUGUGGAGCAAUGUCAACUGGACUGUGCAUGGGUGCUUCUUUGUCAGGCUUAAACCUGAUUACAAAAUGGGCAGUAGAUAUCAACAGUUUUGCUUGCGAGAGUUUGAAACUUAAUCACCCUGAAACUGAGGUAAGAAAUGAAGCUGCAGAAGACUUCCUGUCUUUGCUGAAGAAAUGGAGAAGGCUGUGCCAAAAAUUUUCGCUUGUCAUAGCUAAUGAGCCAAUAGAAUCAGAUAAUGACUCGGAAGAUGAGGAAGAGGAUGAAGAUGAAACAGAGGGAGAUGAUGAUGGAUCUGAAGUUCCCACUGGAGAGUUUGAAGUAGGAAAGCUGUUAGAAAUUUGCCAUGGGGAUCCCAAUGGAGUAAAUGCAUCUGGACUCUAUUUUAAGGUGCGUUGGAAGGGUUAUGGUCCAGAAGAAGAUACUUGGGAGCCUUAUGAUGGACUAAGAAAAUGCACGAAGAAGUUGAAAGAGUUUGUGACAACAGGGUUCAAGUCAAACAUUUUGCCCCUUCCAGGAGACGCUUAUUUUAUAUGUGGGGGUCCUCCAUGUCAAGGUGUUAGUGGCUUCAACCGUUUUAGAAACAAGAAGGCUCCAUUGGAAGAUGUGAAAAACCGUCAAUUGUUGGUUUAUAUGGAUAUAAUUGACUACCUGAAGCCGAAGUAUGUUCUAAUGGAGAACGUCGUUGAUAUUCUGAAGUUCUCCGAAGGGUUUUUAGGUCGUUAUGCUGUUGGCCGUCUUGUUUCCAUGAACUAUCAAACAAGAUUAGGCAUGAUGGCUGCAGGUUCUUAUGGUCUUCCUCAAUUUAGGAUGAGGGUCUUCUUAUGGGGUGCUCAACCAACAGAGAAACUGCCUCCAUAUCCUUUGCCAACUCAUGAGGUUCUCUCUAGAAGCAACACUCCUACAGAAUUUGAGGAAUUAGUAGUCGGACAUGACAAAAAGUAUCUCCUACAGUUGGAAAAGGCUCUUACUCUUGCAGAUGCAAUAAAGGAUCUCCCUCCGGCAACAAAUAUUGAGAACAAAGAUAAGAAAGAGUAUGGAACAAAAAGUCCUGUAACAGAGUUCCAGAAAUAUAUCAGACUUGAUCGAGCUGAGACGAUAAUCCACACAGAGAAUGAAUGCACAUGGCAAUCUCAAAUGCUCUAUGACCACCAGCCUCUGCAACUAAACGAUGAUGACUUCGAGAGGGUUUGCCAAAUUCCAAAGAAGAAGGGUGCCAACUUCAGGGACUUGCCUGGUGUACUAGUUGAGAAUAACAGAGUGAAGUGGGAUCCUUCUGUUGAGAGAGUUUAUCUAAAGUCUGGGAAACCUUUGGUUCCUGAGUAUGCAAUGACAUUUGUCCAUGGAAGAUCCACAAAGCCAUUCGGUCGUUUGUGGUGGGAUGAGGUUGUAAACACGGUGGUGACAAGAGCAGAGCCUCACAACCAGUGCAUACUCCACCCAUUACAAGAUCGAGUGCUAACAGUCCGUGAAAAUGCAAGACUACAAGGGUUUCCAGACUUUUAUAAGCUCUGUGGCUCCAUUAAAGAAAAGUACAUUCAGGUGGGGAAUGCAGUUGCGGUUCCUGUAGGAACUGCAUUAGGAUAUGCACUCGGGAUGGCGAGUCAAGGCUUGUGUGAUGAUCAGCCUGUGAUACAGCUCCCUUUUAAGUACCCAAAAUGUCUCAAGAGAGUUGUUAAGCUUGAAGAUGAUUCUGACUAAGGGAAGAAGAGGAAAUGCCGAAUACCCACAUCAUUGUUUCACUUCAUUUAUAGAACACACUUAAGCAGAGGACUGUAUAAUGAGCUGUACCACUAUUGUGCGCAUUCAUUCAUGUGCCGAAUCCUCCUUGCCCUAAGUUUAUUUGCAGUGGUGAAGUUAUUGGUUGCUGCUAA